CCGCCAUGUCGAGCGCGUGUAUCAUCUGCCACAAGAGAAAGGUGCGAUGCGAUUUGGCGAUCCACAAUCCUUGCACCAACUGCACCAAGUCCGAUGUAGAAUGCAGACCAUAUACACGGAAACGCAAGAGGUUCACCAAUAGCCUGUCGCCAGGGCGCGUACUCAACAGUGACUCAGUGAGUCGGCGCAGUUCACAGCUUCCCGCUGACGCGCCCGUUGAAAGCGGAGGUGCACCGUUAUCGUCCUUUGGGGACAAUGCACCUCCCGCAGUGAACAAUGGCGAGGCCGCUGCUCUCCCGCCAAGUAAUGGCGAGCCAUUCAUCAAAGAGGAAAGCUACCGUGGUCGGAGCGAGUACUUAGGCGGCAGUGUGCCUUUCGACGAGAACAUGGUGAGGCCGGGCCACGAGACGACAUACACCAGUCCAAAGGCGUCGGCUGCAGAUCUCCAGAUGUUGCGCGAGCAAGGCGCAUUUGAACUACCGCCAUUAUCGGUUCAAAAUGAAUUGAUGAAAAGUUUUAACAAGUAUUGUGCGCCGUGGACGCCGGUUGUUGACCCCAAAUGGCUGGACCAGAGCACGCCACCGUCGAUGCUGCUUCUCCAGUCGAUUUUCCUGGCUGGAAGCAGGGUUUCCAAGGCCCAUCUGGAGUAUGGGUCGAGUGAGGUCUUCUACCGGCGUGCGAAGCUACUAUUCUUCUUUGGUGGUCGCAAUAAUUCACUGAUUUCGAUUGUCGCGGCUUGUCUUUUGCACUGGUAUAAUCCAGUCGGGCCUGAGGAUGUCUCGACAGAUACGAGUGGAUUCUGGAUUCGAACGGCUGGAGCAAUGGCCUUUCAGAUUGGGCUUCAUAAGGAACCUCCGCCCAAUGCGAAGGAUCGGGGUCUACGCCGACGGUUAUGGUGGUCUCUCGUGGUGCGUAUCUCGCAAUAG